UGGCCCCUCCCUCAGCCCCUCCACCUCUUCUCUGACAUGGCCCUCAGAAGGGAAGGGGAACGAGCAAGGAGGGGAGGAGCUGAUCUUUCCAAAAAGCCAGCUCCUGGGAACUGAGGUGGCAGCUGAGCCCCCUGUUAUCCCCCUCCAGCUCCCCAGCUGUGGAGGGACAGAUCCCGGGGCAGAGUCCAGGGCGGCUCAAAGCUCCUCCACACAUGCCCGCUGAACCCUGAGCGCCCUGAAACGCUGGGAUGGGGCGGGCUGAGGCAGCCGCCAUGAUCCUGGGCCUGGCCCUGCUCUGGGCAGCGGUGCUGGAGGGUACCACCCCCAACCCCCCACGCCUUCGGCUCUCUUUCCAAGAGCUCCAGGCCCGGCAUGGUCUCCGGACGUUCAGGCUCGAACGGACCUGCUGUUACGAAGCUUUGCUGGUGGAUGAGGAGCGGGGACGCCUGUUUGUGGGGGCAGAAAAUCAUGUGGCCUCCCUCAGCCUGGACAACAUCAGCAAGAGGGCAAAGAAGCUGGCCUGGCCGGCCCCUGUGGAAUGGCGAGAGGAGUGCAACUGGGCAGGGAAGGACAUUGGUACCGAGUGCAUGAACUUUGUGAAGCUGCUGCAUGCCUACAACCGCACCCACCUGCUGGCUUGUGGCACAGGGGCCUUCCAUCCAACCUGUGCAUUUGUGGAGGUGGGCCACCAGCCGGAGGAGCCGGUGCUCCAGCUGGACCUGCGAAGGCUAGAGGAUGGCAAAGGGAAGAGUCCUUACGACCCCAGGCAUCGGGCCGCAUCGGUACUGGUGGGGGAAGAGCUGUACUCAGGGGUGGCCGCAGACCUCAUGGGCCGGGACUUUACCAUCUUCCGAAGCCUGGGCCGCCGUCCAAGUCUCCGAACAGAGCCACACGACUCCCGCUGGCUGAAUGAGCCCAAGUUCGUCAAAGUUUUUUGGAUCCCAGAGAAUGAGAAUCCAGAUGAUGACAAGAUCUAUUUCUUCUUCCGCGAGUUGGCAGUGGAAGCCUCCCCUGCUCUGGGCCGCCAGACCGUGUCCCGUGUUGGCCAGAUCUGCCGGAAUGAUGUGGGUGGCCAGCGCAGCCUGGUCAACAAAUGGACCACGUUCCUGAAGGCUCGGCUGGUGUGCUCAGUGCCCGGCACAGAGGGUGACACGCACUUCGAUCAGCUCCAGGACGUGUUCCUGCUGUCCUCGCGGGACCGCUGGAACCCCCUGCUCUAUGCUGUCUUCUCUACAUCCAGUGGCAUCUUCCAGGGCUCUGCAGUGUGCGUGUACAGCAUGAACGACGUGCGGCGGGCCUUCCUGGGACCCUUUGCACACAAGGAGGGGCCCACGCACCAGUGGGUGUCCUACCAGGGCCGAGUUCCUUACCCCCGGCCCGGUAUGUGCCCCAGCAAGACCUUUGGAACCUUCAGCUCCACCAAGGACUUUCCUGAUGACGUCAUCCAGUUUGCCCGGAACCACCCCCUUAUGUACAAUUCCAUCCUGCCCGUGGGGGGCCGUCCUCUCUUCCUACAAGUGGGUGCUGGCUACACCUUCACCCAGAUCACUGCAGACCGUGUAGCAGCUGCUGAUGGACAUUACGACGUCCUCUUCAUUGGCACAGAUGCUGGCACAGUGCUGAAGAUAAUCUCGGUACCCAAGGGCGGCCGGCCUAAUGCUGAGGGGCUGCUCCUGGAGGAGCUGCAUGUUUUUGAGGACUCAUCCGCUGUCACCAGCAUGCAGAUCUCCUCCAAAAGGCACCAGCUGUACAUAGCCUCGAGGAGCGGGGUGGCCCAGAUCCCGUUGCACCGCUGUGCUGCCCAUGGCCGCGCCUGUGCCGAAUGCUGCCUGGCACGUGACCCUUACUGCGCCUGGGACGGGGCCACAUGCACGCGCUUCCAGCCCAGCGCCAAGAGGCGGUUCCGGCGACAAGAUGUAAGGAAUGGAGACCCCAGCACUCUGUGCUCUGGGGACUCGUCUCAUCCUGUGCUGCUAGAACGGAAGGUGUUUGGCGUGGAGGGUGGUAGCACCUUCCUGGAAUGUGAGCCCCGCUCUCUGCAGGCCCGCGUGGAGUGGACCUUCCAGCGUGCAGGGGAGGCGGCCAGUACCCAGGUGCCCGCGGAGGAGCGCGCGGAGCGCACCACGGGGGGGCUGCUGCUGCGCCGGCUGCGGCGCGCGGACGCGGGCGUGUACCUGUGCGCGGCGGUGGAGCAGGGCUACUCGCAGCCGCUGCGGCGCCUGGCACUGCACGUGCUGAGCGCUGCGCAUGCUGAGAGGCUGGCACGGACCGAGGAGGCUGCGCCUGCUGUGCCGCCGGGGCCCAAGCUCUGGUACCGGGACUUCCUGCAGCUGGUGGAGCCGGGCGGCGGCGGAGGCGCCAGCGCCCUGCGAAUGUGUCGCCCGCAGCUGGCUCCGGGACCACCGUCCCUCGAGGCGCGGAGGAAGGGCCGCAACCGGCGGACGCACGCCCCAGAGCUGCGUGCUGAGCGGGGGCCGCGCAGCGCAGGGCACUGGUGAUUCGCCGUCCCAGGCCAGGGACUGGGCAGGAGAUGACCGGGGACAAGGGGACAGACAGACCCUGGGAGAGCGUGGAGAGCUUUGCGCCAGGGGCACUGUGGUCCCCAACUGACGGAGACACCGACCGACAGGCCCUGGCAGAGGGGCAGCUGCGCCAGCUUAUUUAUUAACAGAGGAUAACCCUUGAAUGUAGCCCCCAGAGGGGCGUCCCAGGCCGGGCACAGGGUCAGGUUGGUCAGGGCAGAGAAGCAGGGCUCCAGAGCAACGACCUGGGGGAGGGAGGUGCUGGGAAGUGCCCACCCUGGGGAAGGACUUCCUCCUUGGGCAAAGAGCAGAAAGCUGUGAACAGGCUGGGCUGUUGGGGGCAGGGUGGGGUAGGCCGACUGUACUAAUGCAAUAAACACUUUAUCAGCCAGCUGGAAUGGCCCCAGCAGAUAACCGUUGGUCUGAGGUCUUGCUGUGUGGCCUUGGACACCUUCCGGCAGUCUUAGGACCUCAGUUUCUUCUGCUGUGGAUGCUGUGGUCAGGGAUAAAUGUAGUCUCCUGGUGACAGUGAAUCGUGCAGGGCCUUUGGGGAUACUGAUAUGCACAGUAUAUUCUGAAUAAUACAAUUUCUGGGCUAGUGCUGUGAAGAAUGUAAAACUGGGUGAUGUGCAAAAGAAUGUGAGCAAAAGGCCUCGCCAAGGGGGUGACAUUUGAGCUAAACAACAAGGAGUGAACUUUGGGAAUAGCUGUGGGCAGAGCAUUCCAGGAGGGAAAAGCCGGAGCAAAGUUUCUGAGGCAGAAACAAACCUGUAUGAUUGAGGAAAUUCAAGGAGGCCAUUGGAGUGAUGGGUUUGGGAUGUUUUAGGAGCUCCAGUCCCCUCUCCCCCAUCUUGUUUUGUCCAACUUAGGCUAGAGGGACACCGGAGUCCAAAAGUAGUGUGAGCCCACUUCCUCCCCUCAAGGCUAAGUGGCGUCGUGUAUUCUCACUGGCCUCUUGUGACCCGUAUGUCCUUGUGGACAGAGGAGGGAGGAUCAAAUCCUGCACUGGGCUAAGGGCUUCAGACUCGUAUUUCCAGUCUCACAUGUGUGGAGCCAGGGAGGAACAUUCCUAUUCCUGUUUUACGCAUGAGAAAACUGAGAUUGGAGAGAGGGCAAGUUUUCCCCAAGCUUAGUAACAGAAAUACCAGCAUUUGACCUAGGUCAGUCCACUGACCAGCAUGGGUAUCCGUGUAUGGGGGUGUCUGCCUUCAGAGAGACACCUGGACUGCAAUUGUCCAUCACCCCAGACCCUAGAGCCAGCCACCACACAUUGAUGGGUGCUUGUCCCACACUUGCUCCGAGAAGAGACAUUCUGGCUGUGGGUAUGGGUGUUCGUGAUGGAGGUCCACAGGGCCGCUCUGCCUGUCCUAGCUGCCAUGUGGGAUAGCCCAUAGCCAGACACUGAGCCUGAAGCAGCUUGCCUGGAAGACCUGAGGCCUAGGCACAUGUAGGGGUGGCAGGGUUCCCUGGGGAAGCUCCUGCGGAGCAUGUAGUAGUAGAGAUGUGAUUUUAUCUGGGUUCUUGUCACCAGGUAUAUAGUCCACUCUGGCCCAUGUGGGACAUUCUGCCCCUUUCAUGACUGAGAGCUGUCCCUCUAAAUAUAACCCAGUGGGCUGAGCUCAGGCCUAUUUUAGGCUUAGGCUGGGAGGUGGGCAGGCCUUGCCCAGUCUCUCAAAGGAGUCACUGCUGCCUCUAUCCUGUCCUGCUACUGGGUGCUAUCACCGGCCCCUUGACUGCCCACCAUCCACCAUGCCAGAGGAGACCCGGGAAGGUAGGAGAUGACUGUGAGAGAGGGAAAGUCCCAGUGCUAUGAGCCUGUGGGCCUUGCAGAAACCUGCCCUUUGUCCCACUGACCUGGCUUCCUUGACUAGUCACCCGUCUCCUAGUCCCACCUCCAGUAAAGUCCCAGCUCCCAGGAAAGGAAUAGGCUACCAUGCCCUGAACCCCUCUUGAGCUCAGGCCCUUUCAUCCUGCUAGAGACAGCAGGAAAGGAUAUGGGGGAGCAACCCAGUAAGGUGGGUCAACUAUAGGCUGUGCCUGUGUGGAUGUAGGCUGAGCAGCUGCCUGACCAGGUCAACUUUUCUUCUAGGGAGGAAGCUGGGUUCGGGGAUAGGCUGAGGUUCCAGGGAGCAUUUGGGCACAUGGCCCAGGGAGUGGGAGUGGAUAGGCCUCUGGCCUUUAACUUGGGCCCAAGUGCCCCCAACUGACUAAAGUUUAGGAUUCCUUGGCUGCCAGACUGACUGCUUGUUAAGACUUCGGUGGCCCCUCACCUAACUGCAUGUAAGAAGCACAGCAGCUCAGGGGGCCAGAGCAGGAACCCGGGGAUCUUCAGGGACAGUGCUCCACCCUCCCACUGGUCAACUCCCCCCACCAAAUUUUCAACAUUUUACACUGGGUGGGAGGGAUGCGUCUCCUGGUGAUAGUGGUGAAUGGUGUUUGCCUCCUUUUGGGAUCUUAACAAUGACAUUUAUUGUGUUUUUCUUGGUAAAAGACAUUCCAAAUUCAAUUUAGAAAGUAUGGGAAAAGCACAGCCCAGUGCAAAAAGGAAAUUUAAUUACUCCUAACCCAUCACCCAGAUUGGCAGCAUCUGUUUUUGUUUACUUACUUUGUGCACAUCAGGGGCCAGUUUCAGGCAAAUCAUGAUGGUUGUCACUACUGCUCUGAAGGGACUGACCCAGAGAGUCCAGUCACUUUUGCUCCUAUCAGUUAUCCCCUCAAUGCCUCCCAUUUUGUUACCCAGCUUCCAUUUGGGCAUGUGGGGGUCUUAAGGAGCCAAGAUUUUUUUAAAAAAUCAAGCCAGGGGUCUUCUUGGUGGUACAGGGGUUAAGGAGCACUAUGAAGCUAUCGCCAGCCACUGCAGCAUAAGUUCGAUUUCCAGGCCAACCAGGGAGGUGACCCACAUGGUGCAGCAGACCUCUCCUUUGUCACUCGCUGCUCCCCUCAGCAGUGUAUUUUUCAGUAAAUCUGCCUGUUCUGCUCCCCAUGUUAUCUCUGGUGAAUCCUCUCACCCCCCACACCUCUGGCUUACACCCCAGCUCUUGUAUGCAUAAAUAAAUAAAUCUUUAAGAAAAAAAAUCAAGCCAAAGAACAACCAGAAGAAAACAUAACAUUUAGAAAUCACAAAAUAAAUGUCUCAAUGGGCUCAAAAAUAAGUAAUUAAAGUCACAAGACAAUUACCAGACUCCACUGACUAAAUGGGCAGAGGCAGUGAUGGAUAAUUAGAAAGUCACAUGCAUUGGGCAGACCCUGCUAGGCAAGGAAAUAAAACUGCUCAAGAAAGGCCUCUCAUCAUCCAACUUAGCAAAUAUAUGUGCACAAGCAUGUCUAUACAUUUCUUUCCAAUGCCUGACAGUGGUGAUGUACCCUUUGGGGGCUGUGAGAGCCAUUCUGGAGGACAAUUUGAUGAUAGCUUACAAAAAAGUCCUUACUCUUUGCUUAAGUAAUUCUGCUUCUGGGAAUCAGUUCUUAAUAACUAUUGGGAAAUUGGGAAA